GAAAAGACAGGUGAUGUCAAAAAGUACAACCGCUUGUGAAAUACCUAACCUAAAAUUAUCAGGUAUUUAAGCGGUAAAUAAACACAUAAUAAAUUCAAUGACUAUAUUCAUGACGUAUUAAAACAUCCGAUACCAUUACUAUGGCGGCGAAUAGUGCGAAUUACUGGAAACGUUUGUGGAGAUGGACAACAUCUAACAACCUGUCCUUGGAAGAGUUGCGGGCAGUUUUGGGCAGUAAGGAAGUCACUGAGGCUUUGUACCAAGGCCUCAACAGUUACAAACCUAAUAAACCUGAGGCCUUCUCCCAGCUGCAGUCCAAAUACCCGGAUCAGACCAAACUGCUUAGUGUGGUUCAAACCUUGCAAAGUUACAUAAAUGUGGACACCUUCCAAGUCUGGGAUAUCAUAAAGCACUACCUAUGUGACAUCUCCUACGGAACACCUGACAACGCCCUGAAGAAUGUAGCCUUUGUGGACACUAGAACAUCAUUUUUGCUACCCAACAUUUGGCGAUUUUACUACUCAGAAAGACUGUUUAUGCUUAAACUGCUACAGUACAUCAUUGAAAACCAUAAUAAUAAGAGUCACAAGUAUCAUGAAGAGUUCUCUAGAAUUUACAAUAAUGGAUGUAAAAAUCUUCUCCCGUCACUCAUUACUCAAUUUGAGAAGGCAAUUUCUACUGUACCACCACCGAGAAAGAUUCAAAGUGACUUUUCAAACGACAGUAUUAGACAGGAAUGGGCAGAAUAUAACUUGAGAGAACAAUUAUUCAUCUUGCAAGUCAUAUUGCUCCUUGUUGAAGAGCAGAAAAUUACCGAUACGGACUUCCAGGCGUUAUUCAAAAUAUUUAGGAAACACAACUAUGGCAAAAACCAAGGAUACCAAGAGAUGUUGGAGGAAAGGCAUAGAGAGAUGUGCAUGAGGAUAACAUACAUGGAAGUCUGUUUAUUUAUAGUCAUCAAUUACAAAAAUCAUGCUAAUGCAUCAUCAUGGAUACAAGCCAAUGAAAAUGUUGUGGAGCCUGAACUUACGAAAUUACAACUGAAUGCAGAGCACAGUGCCAUGUUAUUAUCAUGGAUGCUUCUAUCAUUGCAGGGCAAAGACCAUGCUGUAAUGUUUGAGAGCAAGUAUCAGCACUAUGGCGCCACCGCACUCAAGAUGCACGUGUUUGAGUUCCUGAGUCAGAUGUUGAAUAGCAGUGUAUUUACAGACAAAUCCAAAUGCUCUCAAAUAGCCAGACAAACAGUUUACAAUCUUCUCAAAACAUUAUGCGACAAAUUCGACGGCGACGGAACGAUCAGCCAUCAGGCAGGCAUCACCCAACUCUGUGCCGACCUCCUGCGGUCUCCAGAGAUAGCUGAAGACUUCUGGAAGCUUCAGCAGAAAGAUGACCAGUUUGGUAUUGUGUCGCUAUGGAACACAGCGUUGGAGUAUUUUCCUUACAAUUUCUCCAUGUUAUCUGUAUUGGCUGCUGGCUUGGCUCAGGCUGGGAAAUGUAGUGUUCUAAAUCUAAUAGGCGAACUGAAAAAUUUGCCAGUGUACACAGAAAUAUACAACCCUAAUAGCGUGCCACUCGUAUCAUUCGAUUCUGAUGACGCUACAAUAGGUCGAGAGUACUUCCCUCUGGGAGGACCCUCGUACCGCAUCGAAGCAGGAUCAAAGGCUACCGUCAUGGAGAGGAAAGAGGGCACAAUGAUACACUUCCGAACUCCUUACUCUUAUUGGACAGUUUUCAACAGUGAAAUUGAGAAAGCACUGGAUCGUAAACAACAUCAUAACGUUUUGUCGGCGUUGCAGCGAGUCUAUGAGGGCGCUAAAGUUUUAAAAGGCAUCCUGAAAGCUUUAGUACCAGACAAAGAGAUCCCGAAAAGCCUAGUGGCGCCGAGCGAAGGCGUAUUCGACGUAUUAGUGCGGUUCAUGCGCGCGGAUGCGACUGCGCUGCCACUACUGGUGCAGUGUCUUGAAGUCUGCGCCGUGCUCGUGCCGGUCUUCCCCAAGGAGAUACACUUGAGGCUGGUGAACACAGGCCUGUUGCCGCGCGCGCGCAGCCAUCAACUAUCAGCGGCCGAAUAUGCACGAGGCGCGUCUUUUGACUCGGGCGCAGUGGGGUCAUUCCUCGUGGCGGUAGAGCAGCCGGGCGGCUCUUACCACUUGUUGGGCGCGUACAUCGACUUGCUGUGUGCUUUUCAUGAGUCGUCAACAGAUGAGCGCAUAACAAUGGAGAUUAUCCUUCCCGGCCUGGUCCUCAUAGUCCGGGAAGUUUUCCCCAACAUGUUGGGGUGGCGAUACGCUUCGUUAGCGCAACGCCGCGAGCUCACUGGAGCCUGUUUGAGACUAUUAGCUCUGGUGCUACAAAAGAAGACUGGAGGAGAGCGUGCUACAAUACUCAGACGUACUGGCUUGCAUAGUCUACAUGACGCAGAUAAUGCACGUCAAUUGCUCCACUGUCUUGCUGUGGGUAACGAAAACCUCGAAAAAAUCAUGCUUGACGAAACGAACUGGAUUUCGGGACCUGGCAACGAGUACAUAACCAGCUUACAACGCUGCGUUGCCAUCAUCAUGUUCGCACUACGCCUGAAAGAAGAGAUCGGCUCUCCCAGUGAGAUGACGCCGUUGGAACACCUCAUAUUUGCGCAGAACAAACAAAAAGACCGAUUGAAGGUGGUGCCAAAAGUGACGAGUUACAUCAACCAUGCAUUCAACAGGAGUCUGCCAGUUCUCAGCUGUCGAUUAUUGAAGAGAUUUGCUGACGGAUUCCAAAUGUCUCUCUUCGCAUCAUUAGACAUGACGGCGUACCAAGUCCGCGUCAUGUUCCUUGACAGACUGCGCGAUGAACACGAAAGUUUGGAAUUAAAAGUGGCAAUACUCGAAUUCGUAGCUACUUGUAUUGGGAAGCAACCAGGUCUUACUGAAGCAUUCUUCAUGAUGAACCAUGAAAAGGCUAAGGCGGAGGAAAAUGACAAAGAAGGCAAAGACCAAAAGAAGGCUGAAGUAGAGAAGAAAACUGCUCCCGAGACUGAUGAUAGUUUUGAAGGCAUCUUAGGGUAUAUGGCUGACUAUCUCAGCACUAUUAAGACUGACGCAAAAUACCUCCACAGUCCAUUGUUAGGAUGCAUAAUGGCGCUAUUUCACGCAUUAUGGAAGAACAACAUGCAAAUUCUAGUCAAGAAGCUUAGGGAGAACAAGAACUUUUGGGAACACUUGACUAGUCCAUUGUUCAAUGAAAUACAACCCGGUUUACGCACGUACGCACAGAUCUUCAAUGUACUGGGAAUUGAACUAUUCGCGUCGAGAGAAAAAUUGGAACCAAAUCUCAAAGCAGUGCUAGAGCAAUUUUUUGAUACUGACAAAAAGCAUUUAGACACAUGGGUUGAUUUUGUCUAUUCCUUUGAUGGAAAAGAUGAGGAAGAGGAGGUCGUAGACAAAGUGCCCGUUUGGUUAGGACUGCUAACAUCUUGGAAAGAUUUCACAACCAUUUUCUGCAAAUGUCUACCCAUAAGCUUGAACAUAGCACACAAGUCCAAAAUGGUUGCGCCUUGCAUGAACGCGCUGUUAAAUGAGUUGGAUGAUCUAAAAGACGGCAGGCUCGUCGUGAUUCUAGCUGAGUUGUACGUCAUAAUGCUAGCCAACUGGAAGGAUGACUGUUUCGAGAACAGAAAGGCAAAUGCGAAGCAAAUAGACAACCUUCUUACUAAUACAGCAGCCGUUUAUGAAUGUUUACAUCCUCGCGCUAUUCGAGCAAUAUUAUCAAUUUGUACUGUCGCCAUCAGUAGUUUGGAUUAUGAAAUAAAAGCGAAUAGUGCAACAGCUCAAAGUAUUAUACGGUCUGUGACCAAUAUCAACAGUUUGGAGCUCCAAAAGUUGCUAGACGAUAUAACCGACGUUCCAAAAGCUGAACCCAAAUCUGACAGCUCCAAAACCUCCGAAGAAAUACCUCCAGUCGUGUUAUGCCUGGCCAUGCUAGAGCAGUGUUUAGAUUUGUACGACGAAAUGUUUUCGGGGCUAUCGCAAUGGUUCCAGUCCAGCAAGUUUAUCAACAAACUGCUUUGCUGUCUUCAAACGUGCUUGCAAAGCCGCCGGCACUACCACACGUCUCUGGCCGCGUUACGUUGCAUCACUGCGUAUUCUAGAGGGCCAUUCUCUAAAGAUUUACUCAUGAGUGACGUGGACCAGUUUCUUUGGCUGCAACUGUUGCCGCCGAAAAUUGAUAGCAAUGGGGGAUCAUCCACGUGGAAGCCUCAAGAGUGGUGGCGUGUGUACGCUUACAGUUUGGACUUUAUAUCGAUGAUGGUUAUGAAGCACGGCCAAUUCUUUGCUAGUGACGCCAUAACCUUCGUCGGCGUGCAUUUGGAGCACCUUAUAGAAGCGAUACUGCUGCCGCGUCAGGUGUUCAGUUUAGAUGCGUUAAAUCUUUGCGCGUCAACUUUGAAUCUGGUGGUGCAGCUGGUGAAGUUCGAAUCGAGGUGGCGCAUUCAGAAUAUCAACUCGUUAAUCGGUAUUAUGCGCAGCAUAAGCGCGUGCCUGUACCAGUGCGUGACGCUGAUGCUACGCGCGCGCCGGCCCGCCGACGCGCCGCCGCACGACGAACACGCGCCCGCGCCCGCCAUGUUGCACAGAACGUUGGAAAUCCUCCACAUGGCAACACUCUGCCUGCUUUCCUUCAGUCCAGACCUGCUCUCGCUACUGGCUGACCCUGGACUGGACAUGGAGCGUUGGCAGCCCCUCGUGGAACUUCACUUCGGGGCUCCCAAGAUAUCCUACGAGCCGUUCCCGCAGCUGACAUUUGGAACCUUGCUGUCGGCUAUAUGCCUGCUCACCAGAUCCCUCAAUCAUGCGUAUCACGCAGACGAAGGCAGCGGCUCGCGUUCCCCGCGCGGUCGCAGACGCGCCUGCUCCUGCGGCAGCCCCGGCGAGUCCCGGCGCGCCAACCGCAGCGAGUCGCUCACCAGCAUCUCGUCGGCCGCCAGCGCGCUGCCCUGGCUGGACGAGCGGCUCGUGGCCGGCGCGCUCGAGGCCACCGCCACGCUGCUGGCCGAGCAGGCGCUGCUAGCAGUCCGCGACGCGAGCGUGCCGAGCCGCCACAAGCAGCUAGUGCGGCGCGAGCUCAGCUCCGAGCUAACCGUCUUCCACGACUUCGUGCGCAAGCGCAUCCUCUGCGCAGCGCACUCGCGCCCGCACCUCGUCCGCUCCCACCUCGGCGCCUGGCCCCUACCCGCCAACGAGGAGGAAACCAAACGCAUCGAAGACGCCAGAAAAGACAAAAACCUUUGUCUAUGCGACGACGAGUCCGAAACACCCCCGCCCCCGCCCCCCAAACGCGCCGCCCACGAUUCCAUGCGGGAAUACAUCCUCCGCAAACACUACCUGAACAAAUGCGCCCAAACACCAACCAAAGGACCCCCCUCCCCUGUCUCCCAUUCCACUCCCGCGUCGGACAAGAAGAAAGAAACUUCCAGAAGCUCCAAGCGAGUCUCCUGGGCCGAGACGACUAGAGACAGCGACGAAAGUCUCGAUAGUUCGCUCCAAGAGAUCGAGCCGGUCUACUCUAAUUUAACUGAUGUGCAAAUCAACAACGACGAAGACUACUUCCACUUUAUGUCUAUUGUGUUCCUUUAUAUUUGUCAAACUGAUUUGUAA